AUGGAUGGAAAGAGCGAGUUCAAGGAGGAGCUCAUCAACUACAUUUUGCUGAAGAAGUAUGGCAAGGGGGCGCAGGAUCCGCCAGUGUAUUCCAAUGCAUUGAAGAAAGCACCCCAGGAGAUGUUUCCUCCGGGUCUUGUGGAUGCUCUUGAUUCGUAUUCCAUAAACCUGAGCCGCUCUGAGGGAGUGGAGUUUCUAGUGUUGCUAAACUCCCUUGUGAAUGAUAUCCGCUCUGAGGAGGUCAAGGACAUUAUAUUUGGGAUGAUUAACACAAACCAGAUGUUGACCAAGCUCAUGAAGGACAAAAAGGAAGUGGAGAGAUUCCCGGAUACCUGCAAGAUGUAUUCGGAACAGUUCAAAGCAAACAAGCCUCUACUGAAGGAGUUCAAUGCAGGAUCCAGGAAGGAGCAGGGGAACCUUGAGAUUGGAGAACCCUCCGAGAAUGUUGUGACUAGAUUCCCCCCUGAACCGAAUGGGCGCCUCCACAUAGGGCAUGCAAGAGCAGCAUUACUGAACUGGUACUUUGCAAGCAAAGGAAACGGACGGCUUUUGGUCAGGUUCGAUGACACAAACCCAGAAAAGGAAGAAGAGAGGUUCGAAAGGGGAAUUCUCUCGGACCUCAGCCUUCUGGGGAUUAAUGAGUACACCCUUUCGCACACCAGUGACUAUUUCGAUAAGAUUAUUGACCUGGGGGUUUUUUUGAUUGGGGAGGGAAAGGCGUAUGCAGAUAAUACUCCACAGGAGGUGAUGAGAGACGAGAGAGGAAGGGGCGUUGAGUCUAGGUGCAGAAGCAUGGAUGUAGAAGAAAGCAAAAGGAUAUUUAAGGAAAUGGCCAGGGGAAAUGCCUCGGGAUAUUGCCUAAGAGCAAAGAUCGACAUGUCGAGCUCCAACAAGGCCAUGAGAGACCCUGUUAUCUUUAGGGUGAAUGAAUCGCCUCACCACAGAACAGGAGAUAAGUACAAGGUCUAUCCUACAUACGACUUUGCAUGUCCCAUUGUUGACAGCCUGGAGGGGAUCACACUGUCGCUUAGGGCGAACGAGUACAGGGACAGAAACCAGCAGUACUACUGGUUCAUUGACAACCUUCGGCUUAGAAACAGACCCAAAAUCCACGACUUCUCAAGGCUUAACUUCGAGAACACGGUUCUUAGCAAAAGAAAGCUUAAGUAUUAUGUCGAUAACGGAUUUGUAUCUGGAUGGGACGACCCAAGGCUGGCGACGAUUGCAGGAAUAAAGAGGCUUGGGAUGAAUAUGGAGGCGCUGAGGGAGUACAUCCUGAUGCAAGGGGUUUCCCAAAAGACCUGCACUAUCUCCUGGGACAAGGUGUGGGCGAUUAACAGGAAAAAAAUCGAUCCCGUUUCCGCAAGAUAUUUCUGUGUCCAGCAAAGAGAUGCCGUUGAGGUAUCGAUUGACAACACGUCUGAAUACACGAUGGAUGUUCCAAAGCACAAGAAGAACGGAGAUCUUGGGACAAAGGAGGUUUUCUAUUCAAGCCAGAUAUUGCUUUCUCAAGAGGACGGCAGAGUGCUGCAGGACAACGAGGAGUUUACACUGAUGAACUGGGGAAAUGCUAUUGUGAAGAGCAAAACCGUUGAAAAUGGAACUGUGACCAAAAUGGAAGUGUCCUUGAAUCCGGAUGGAGACUUUAAGCUGACAAAGAACAAAAUGUCCUGGGUUUCGAAGAGAGGGUCAGUGACUGUUGAGCUUGCUGAAUACGGCAACCUGAUGAAUGAUGAGGACACAGAAGACCUGGCAUUGAGGUUUAACAGGAACUCUGUCAAGAAGGAAUAUUGGUACGCUGAGUCUGCUAUUAUAAAUGUUAGAGAGGGAGAAGUAAUCCAAUUUGAGCGAAACGGGUUUUAUUAUUGCGACGGAUUUCUGGUAUUUAAUUUACUACCCUUUACCAAGCAAAAGAGAACGGGCAAUUAA